AUGAUUCACAUAUCUUUUCUUUUUUUAGCUGUUCAAAUGUCUCAAUCAGGUCAAUUAACACUUGAAUUGCCUUAUGUAAUUAUUGGUCUUGGUGCAACACCAAAUUUCGUCGAAAAACUUACCGUUGCAAUCCCACCAAAUAGUCAAUCGAAUCAAUUAAUUCGGACAUAUACUCAAAUGAUUCCGAAUUCACAAAUUGUUGUUGUGCCAUCACCAUUAAUGAAUCCAGAAAAAUGGCAUAGUAAACUUUUUCUAACACCUAGUCGAAUGAUUCUACAUACGGGUAUUGCAUUAGGUGCAACACUUAUUGUAUUAGCAGGUUAUAAUUCGACAUUCCAAAGUAACGAUUGUCAAUUAUCAUCAAUAAAUUCAUCGAAUUCUGAUGCAAUGCAAAAUAGUCAUAUGAUUAGUCAACGUCAAUCAUCGGAUCCUCGUACAUUGACUAAAUGUUUUAUUCUUUUUGAAAAUGCAGCAUCUAGAAGUUUGAAUGAAAUUUAUUUUCUUGAAUAUCUUGGUACACGUGCUCGUUAUCAUCAUUCACAUAAAUUAUAUUUACCACAAGUUUUUAAUAAUCAUCGAACAUCAUUAAAUGAAACAUAUGAAGAAUUUUCAAAUUAUAUAAAACAAGUUUUAGAAUCAAUACCAUAUAAUGAAUUAUCAUCUUAUGUUGUUAGUGUUCGAACGGGUGUUUCAUAUUUUUUUUCUAAACGUUUUCGCUUUAAUAAUAAAUAUUCAAUUGAAGAUAUUCGUAAUCUUAUUCGAAAGAAAAUUCCAACGACUGAUAUUCGAUAUUAUUGUUCACGAACAAAUAAUUCUAAUCAAUCGGAUGAAAGUUUACGUUCGUCAUUUAGUAAUGUUAAACCAAUAAGUCAACCAAGAGAAUUUGUUGAAAAACUUGAAGAAUAUGAAUUUUAUGUUCAACAACAAAAACAUGUUUUUCGAAUUUAUUUACAAUCAGAUGAUAAACAAACUCAUGUUUGUACAGUAGAUCCAGCAUUAAAUUAUUCAAUUGUUGAAUUUUCAAAAGAUUUUCAAAGAACAUCAAAUAUAGGAUUAGCUAUUUCUAAUCAAGUCUAA